CCUCGUCCUUCUCGUUCGUCCUCAGUGCAGGAUAACGAAGCGGUCUUACAUUGGGCUUCUUCUGAAAACGAGUAAUUUCUGUCAGAGUGUGACACAAGGUUGCCGCUACCCUGCAAGCUAAACGACAUAUACGGAGGGAUACAACCGUCUGCUGUGAAGUUUUUAAGAGACAUCUGGACAAUCACCAUUACCACUGCUGACUAUGGAUGUGAUAGUACGUCGCUGUCCUUUCCUGGCUCGUGUACCCCAGGCCUUCUUCCAGCAGUCCAAGAAGUCUAUGGUGGUGUACGCCCAGCGAUGCCCCAUUAUGAUGGAGCUGGCUGCGAAGCCUAUGGCCCCUUCAAUGGCACGGGCCCUGUGCUCCUCAUCCUCCCACCAGAAGACUGAGGACAUGACGUCUGCCACUGAAGCCCCCAAGCAAGAAGCGCAGUCCAAGCUGCCUACCGGUCACCCUAUGCCGCCCCAAGGCCAGGCAGUGGCCUCCAAAUGCCCUUUCCUGGCUGCAGAGAUGGGCCAGAAGAACAGCGGUGUGGUGCGUCAGGUUUGCAUGGAGUUUCAGGAGGAUGUGCAGGAAAUCCGCACUGUUCAGAAAGAGGUGUCACCUUCCCAGCUGAACCAGACGUCCUUAGCCGGUACCACUAAAGCAGUGGAGCCAACGAACCUAAUGAAGUCCCUCCUGAAGCAGCGACCCAAGAGAGUCACCCACUUGCUGCAGGACAACUUGCCAGGAACAAUGUCCCGCUUUCAUUAUGAUGACUUUUUUGAGAAGAAGAUUGAAGAGAAGAAAAGUGAUCACACGUACCGCGUGUUUAAGACCGUUAACCGCCUGGCCAACGAGUUCCCAAUGGCCGACGACUUCACAGGCUCUCUAGAGGACAAGAGGGAGGUGUCCGUUUGGUGCAGCAAUGACUACCUGGGCAUGAGCCGCCACCCUCGAGUUGUGCAGUCCAUUGUAGAAACUUUACAAAAGCAUGGCUCAGGGGCCGGAGGCACCAGGAACAUCUCUGGGACUAGUAAAUUCCACGUGGAACUGGAACAUGAACUGGCUGACCUUCACAAGAAAGACGCAGCGCUGCUCUUCACCUCCUGCUUUGUUGCCAAUGACUCCACCCUCUUCACCCUCGCCAAAAUGCUGCCCGGCUGUGAGAUCUACUCUGAUGCGGGCAACCACGCCUCCAUGAUCCAAGGCAUCCGGAACAGCGGUGCUAAGAAGUUCAUUUUCCGCCACAAUGACGUGGCCCAUCUUCGAGAGCAGCUAAUGAAGGGGGACCCCACAAAACCGAAGAUCGUGGCAUUUGAGACCGUUCACUCGAUGGAUGGUGCCGUGUGCCCGCUAGAGGAGAUGUGUGACGUGGCCCAUGAAUUUGGUGCCAUCACCUUUGUAGACGAGGUUCACGCCGUGGGCCUCUAUGGCGCAAGAGGAGGGGGCAUCGGAGACAGGGAUGGCAUCAUGCACAAGAUGGAUAUCAUCUCUGGGACUCUAGGUAAAGCCUUUGGUUGUGUGGGCGGCUAUAUCGCGAGUACCUCCGCCCUGGUGGACACGGUGCGUUCGUACGCUGCCGGUUUCAUCUUCACCACCUCGCUGCCGCCGAUGCUGCUGGCUGGAGCCAGGCAGUCCAUCCAGGUUCUUAAAGGGGAGGAGGGCCGCACUCUUAGGCGUAAACACCAGCGCAACGUCAAGCUGCUCCGGCAGAUGUUGAUGGACUCUGGCCUGCCUGUCGUUCACUGCCCCAGCCACAUCAUCCCCGUCAGGGUAUCUAACGCAGAGAAAAACACUGAGGUGUGUGACCUCAUGAUGAGUCGCCACAACAUCUACGUGCAGGCCAUUAACUAUCCCACGGUUGCCAGGGGAGAGGAGCUUCUGCGCAUCGCUCCAACCCCUCACCACACCCCCGAGAUGAUGAAAUACUUUGUUGAUAAGCUUGUGCACACAUGGAAAGAGGUGGGCCUGGACCUGAAGCCUCACUCAUCCGCCGAGUGUACGUUCUGCCAGCAGCCGCUGCACUUCGAGCUGAUGAGCGAGCGAGAAAAGUCUUACUUCAGUGGCCUCAGUCACCCAAUCUCAGCCUGCGCAUAACACUACUCCCCAGUGCCGGCUUGAGACGGCACAUAUAUAUAUAUAUAUUCAACCCCAUUCCUCUAUCACUGUCAUAGAAUGUAUUAAUUAUGUUUGAUAAGUCCCUCUACACAUAUUAUUUAAAGUAUCUAUGGUCAGAUGUUCUAUAUGCUCCGAAUAAAAUAUGAGGAAAAAAAAAA